AUGCCCAGUGGCGGGAAUGAUCUGUUUCUCGAAAUUGCAUCCCAGGAUUUGCGGGCAUCGGGUAACCAUACGUCCGACUUGCGACGGCGAGAAGGGCAGGUGGGAUUGGAAGAAGAGAACGAGCGGCCGCAUUUUGUCGUCGAUGCUGUAGCUGACGAGCCGCGGGCAGGCGAGAAUCACGCGUCGGCAUUUUUCCUCGGCAAUAUCGAGAUGCUGCAGGAGCGCGAGCAGCGGGCAGAGCUUCUCCUCGAUGCUGCGCACGAGGAUCCCGGGAAAAUGCGCGAUCGCGCGGCGGAGGUCCCGCGCGGAGAACCCCACUCCGCGGCGGAUUUCGGGGACGCUGUACGCGAGGAGCUGCGGGCAGCGGCGGAGGAGCGGCGGAGGAGCGGCGGAAGGGCCUUGGCGGAGAAAUCGGCUGUGAGUAAGGCCAGCAGAGUGCGGGCGGAUGCAGGGGACGCAGCAGCGGCGCAGACGGCGGAGGCAGCGCAGGCGACGUCGCGGAUGAUGGAGGUGGACAAGGACUCUUUCUACCCCGAGCUCGAGAAAGCGGCGGCGGCGGACAAGCUCGUCGUGCUCGAUAUGUACACCCAGUGGUGUGGGCCGUGCAAGCUGCUGGCGCCCAAGGUGGAGGCGUUGGCAGAGGAGAUGCAGGACGUGGUGUUCCUCAAGCUGGACUGCAACCAGAAUAACAAGGUGAGCCGUGUGACUGUGACUGGAGGGAUGGAGUUCACGAAGCUGGACUUGCAACCAGAACCAGAAGGUGUCGUCCUGAUCACAUGCCAUGUAUAUUUCUAUCCGCUUGUCUUGCGUGAGCAGCCUCUGGCGAAGGGCCUUGGAGUGCGGUCGGUGCCGACGUUCAAGCUCUUCCGCAACCUGGCGCAGAUUGACGAGGUGCAAGGCGCCAAAUACGACCUGCUGCUUGAGAAGAUCACCAAGCACCGAUGA